AUGAAAUUAUUGCCAAUAAGAGCCAGAGCAACCGAGGGCAGCCCGCAGGCCUGCGAGCUGUUCUUCAUAGACAGGACAAAGUUCUCGUCAGAAUACUUUUCCAAAAGCGUGCUUCCGCUGCUCCCAGGAAUAGACAAAGAAGAGUACGAAUCUCAAAUAGAAACCCCAGCAAUAAGGAUGCACACAGAUAUAGCAACACAGGUUACGAAGUACACAGCAGACAUAGAGAAGUUCGCACACCUCUACAGGAGCGCCAAAAUAAACCUGCACAUCGACUUCAAAGUGCCCAAUUAUCUGUGGAUAGAGGACCGGGUGUGCUUCACUCUGCCAAUAAAAAACGAGCCAGAGAUAUACGCCAAAGACCUGUUCCGGGUCUACUCAAUCCCAGAGGGAGAGCUUUUCGUCAUCUUCUCUUUCUACCUCAGAGAAAACAUCCUGGGCUACAUAAAAGAGUGCAUAGUCAAUAAGGAAGUGCCAGACAAGCCAGACUUCCAGCAAGAGCAGCCUCUUGUCCAUACUUCAGAGAUAGACAAGCUGAACCAAAGCCUUCUGAGCUACGAGUCCUUUGGCAGGGUGGUCGUGCUCAAAGAAAUAGUCGAAAGAAAAAGAAAAAAGAAACAGUACACAGCAAAUAUGCCAUCUCCACAUUCCCCUAUUUUUGGGAAAUAA